AUGCCAAGACAUCGAAGAAGUACGAGCUGCAAUCUCAUCCAAAGAAUUCCUCAAGAGCUGCUGGUGUGCGAAGUUUUAGGUCGAAUAGCUGCCACGUCACACACCGAGUUGUUCAAUCUCAAGUCCAGCUGCAAACUAUUUAACGAAAUAGCUGAAGAUAAAUAUCUUUAUCGACGCGUAUCAUUGGAUAAAUUCCCGAUGAUUCCUUGGAACCCAUCAAUGGAGAAAAAGACAACAUUUUUUAAUAAAUGUCGUGAAUCUAAUAACCCUGAGGCCAUGUACAGACAAGCAGUGGUAGAUUAUUUCAACCGAAGCAAUCUCAAAUCGGCAUGCAAGCACUUACUGAAAGCCGUGAAAUUAGGUCACGUGGAGGCCAUUUACCUGACGUGCAUUAUCCUGUUGUUAUGUGGAGACAACGAGUCGAGAAAGAAGGGCGUUAAUAUGCUCGCCAGAUUAAGAAAAUCGAAAUCGGCACAAAACAAAUUCAAAAUAUGGCGCAAUAAUUUGUUGAGAAAGCUGAGAGAGAUGUGGGUGAAAAACCCGGAUUUAGUCGAGCCACCAAAGUGUUGUCCAAGUCCAGAUCAACAUCCAUGGAAAAAUCAGUGGUGUGAAGAUGAUGAAUGUUCUGAAUGUGAGGCUUGCAAUGCAGAUAGAGAAAUUAAAAGAAUUUGUAGUGCAUACACGGGCUAA